GAGGCAAUCAUUGUAUCUGCGGCCGGAGGAUUAGCAGCUAAACUUUUAUUGCUCCCUUUUGUGCGUGCGUGUGUGUGCGUGUGUGUGCGCGUGUGCGUGUCUGUGUGGUGUGCGUGCGUGUGUGGGGUGUGUAAAUGGAGAAGUCGCCUCUCGAGGGGGAAAAUCUCUUCAAUUUCCCUUUGGCAGGUGCAGUUCAAGGAGGAACAAACUCAUGAGCAUUUUGUCUGAUCCCUGACCUGGGGAGGGGAGGGGAAACUACCCCUCUCCUCUCACUCUUCCUUUCCCAGUUUUGAAAUCAUUCUUUCCCCACCACCGCCACCCUCCCGCCCUUCCCCUCCCCUUCCCCUUCCCCUUCCCCUGCACUGAGUGAAUGGAAGAGUCUCCAGGGUUUUCUUCUGCUUCUCGCCCUGGACUGGAGAAGUGAGGGGACAUCUCUGUAGCCUCAUCCGUCUCUAUCUCGCUCCAUCCAUUGCCGAGACGAUUUCAGACGGCGCAAUGUGUUUUCAGCCUCUUGCCGCUGCUACCACUUGAUACCAUGCUACGCGCAGGGAGAGGGUUUUGCAAAAAUGGAUUUGUUCGAUUUUAAAGGAUUUCUUCUCUAAUAAGGAUCGCAUUGCACACAAAUAUGACUAAAUCCCCUAUUUGGUAAAUCUUUCUUCCCCCCACCCCUCCUCUUUGGGUUCCCUCCCGCCCGCCCCCACCCCUUCAGAGGAGCAAGCACAGGGAGCUGAUGACGGACCCAUUAAUCCCUUCUUCAAUGCAUCAAAAGAAGCCGAAAGGCUGGAAGUCGCUGGGCUCGGAGUCCUGCAGGAAAUGCUUCGACCUGCUUUUGGUUUUGUAUGAAACUGGUGACUAGGGGCUCGGCUCGCCCCGCCGCCGCCGCCGCCCGCCCGCCCGCCGGCACCUGGAUGCGCGGGCUGCCGCUGCCGCCGCCGCCGCCGCCGCCGCCGCCGCCGCCGCCUUGCCCGCCGCCGCGAUGCAACGCUCACGGUGGUGCUGCUGCUGAUAGCUCGGGUGUGAGGGGAGUGAGCCGGCGGUGAUCAUUUGAAGGCGGUGAGGGAGAGCGAGGGAGAGGAAGGGCUGCUCCGCUCUGCUGUGUGUGGGCUUCGGGAUUUUUUUUUUUUUUUUCUUCUUCUUUUCCUACUUCCAUCCUCUCCCCGUCACUGGAAGUCCUCCCGUAUCUAAAUGGAAUUAGUGGAGACCGAAGCCCCUUGUGUAAGGAACAGACAUGACCCAUGGGCGCAGCUUCUUUCACAUUGUAGCAAGUCUAAUCAUCCUACAUUUGUCUGGGGCAACCAAAAAAGGAACAGAAAAGCAAACUACUUCCGAAGGACAGAAACCAGUGCAGUGUGGAACUUGGACAAAAUAUGCAGAAGGAGGCAUCUUCACUUCUCCCAAUUACCCCAACAAGUAUCCUCCUGACAGAGAAUGCGUCUACAUUAUAGAAGCUGCCCCUAGACAAUGCAUUGAACUACACUUUGAUGAAAAAUAUUCCAUAGAGCCUUCUUGGGAGUGUAAAUUUGACCAUAUUGAAGUACGAGAUGGACCUUUUGGCUUUUCCCCAAUCAUUGGACGUUUCUGUGGACAGCAAAAUCCACCUAUGAUAAAAUCCAGUGGCAGAUUCCUAUGGAUUAAAUUUUUUGCUGAUGGUGAGCUGGAAUCUAUUGGGUUUUCUGCUCGGUAUAAUUUUACACCUGAUCCAGAUUUUAAGGACCUUGGCAUUUUGAAACCAUUGCCAGUUUGUGAGUUUGAGAUGGGAGGACCUGAAGGAAUUGUGGAAUCUGUACAAAUUGUCAAAGAAGGAAAAGCUUCUGAAACUGAAGCAGUAGACUGUAAAUGGUACAUCCGAGCACCACCCCGAUCCAAGAUCUAUUUGCGAUUCUUGGACUAUGAGAUGCAGAAUUCCAAUGAAUGCAAAAGGAAUUUUGUAGCUGUCUAUGACGGAAGCAGCUCCGUGGAGGAUUUGAAAGCAAAGUUUUGCAGCACCGUUGCUAAUGAUGUAAUGCUGCGGACAGGUCUGGGUGUAAUCCGCAUGUGGGCAGAUGAAGGCAGUCGAAACAGCCGAUUCCAGAUGCUCUUCACAUCUUUCCAAGAACCCCCUUGUGAAGCCAACACAUUCUUUUGCCACAGUAAUAUGUGUAUUAAUAAUACAUUGGUCUGCAAUGGACUCCAGAAUUGUGUGUAUCCUUGGGAUGAAAACCACUGCAAAGAAAAAAGAAAAGCUAACCUAUUGGACCAACUUACCAAUACCAGUGGGACUAUAAUUGGGGUGACUUCUUGCAUUGUGAUCAUCCUCAUUGUUAUCUCUGUUAUAGUACAGAUCAAGCAGCCUCGUAAAAAAUUUGUCCAAAGGAAAACAGACUUUGAUCAAACAGUGUUCCAGGAGGUGUUUGAGCCUCCUCAUUAUGAGUUAUGCACCCUCAGAGGGACAGGACCUACAGCUGACCUUGCUGAUGUUGCAGAUGACUUUGAAAAUUAUCAUAAACUGCGGAGAUCAUCUUCAAAAUGCAUUCAUGACCAUCACUGUGGAUCACAAGUGUCUAGCAUUAAGGGCAGCCGUAGUAACCUCAGCACAAGAGAUGCUUCUGUCUUGACAGAAAUACAACCCCAGCCUGUAAAACCACUCAUUCAGCCCAUGAACAGGAGAAAUAUCCUUGUCAUGAAGCAUAGCUACUCACAAGAUGCUGCAGAUGCGUGCGAGAUAGACGAAAUUGAAGAGGUACCAACCACAAGUCACAGGCUGUCCAGACAUGAUAAAGCUGUUCAGCGCCAUAACAUUCCAGGUUCUGCCUCAUUGGGUCUCUAAGCAAACAUGAGUCUGAGUACAACACAACUAGGGUCUAAGGGACAAACUUGAGGUAAGUAAACAUACCUAUACAACAAUUGAACCAUCUGUUGCUUUCCAUUUUAUUUGUUAUACUGCUAAAAUGCAUGUUAGUUCUCAAGUUAUACGUCACCUUGUAUGGAGAGAGCCAGGUUUGAAUACUGAGAAAACUGAAAGACAGAUGACCACUUUAGCAUUGUAAACUAAGCAAAAUCUAUUAAUUCCUUAUUCUCAACAGCACUAUAAUCAUCCCCUAGCUAAAUAUAAUCUUCAUUCCAAACACAUUAUAAAGACAGAUGCUUUGCAUGGCUCUGGUGUUUUAUUUUUUUAUUUAUGAAAAUAAAAUUUAGAGUCCCAGCAUGUGAAAUAGUAUGUAAAACUUGGCAAUCUAACCCAAGCCAGGAAAAUGUGGAACUAUCUGUUUUCAGUUCAUUUUAUUCAUUCAACUUUGUGAAGUGUUGGGGGAAGGGUAUGUGGUAGUACUGAUAAAUUUAGAGAUUCUGUAGCACUAAUGUUAAUGUUUGCAAAUUAAACUUCCUUUUUUGAGUCUUUUCCUAGGCUUUUCAUUUUGUAUAAUUUGUUAUCAACACUUAAUCUCAAUAAACAUAAUCUCAGAUGUUUAUAAUGUAGUUAUAGAUAGUUGCUAGUCUGUCAAUUUAUAUAUGUAUAUGUGUGUAUAUAUAUAUAUAUAAACAUAGAUGUGUAUAUACAUGUUUAUAUGUGUAUAUAUGUAUACAGCAAUUUUACUGGGAAAGAAUCCAUCAAUGCUUUUAUUGCUCCUAGAUAGUUUAGGUCAAUAUUUUUCUGUAUUUUUCCUCAUAGAGAGAGCAUAUUUUAACUUUGGUUUGCUUUCAGACAACUAUUCAUGCAAUCAUGCAAACUCUGAAUGGAAAAAUCUAUAGUGAAUUAUUUCAGCUGUCUGAAAGAGAGAGUGGACUUGUUUCCAAUUUCAUUUCAUUGCCUUUAUCCAAACCUAAGAAGUACAGACAUAUCCUACUUCCUUAGCAAGACAUUCCCAUUGCACAAUAAUGUUUCUUUUGUAAUUUGGUUGCCGGCCACCAAGUGCUCCUUAGGUUUUAAAUACAUUUGGAGAUUUGCUACAAACUUGAAGAAGAAAUUAGCUCCUAACUUAGAUCGUCCUUUUUUUUUUUUUUUUUUAAAUCUUAGUUUUAUUUCAGUUGAUAUGUUUUAUGUCUGUUAUUUACUUGUAUGUUGUGUGAUAUGUGGAAGAAGAUUUACAUUGAACUUUUGUUAUAUGUACGUUGUUUUCAUUAUAUAGACUGCUUGAGAAUAGUGCGCUCCUGGGUGAUUUUGAACAUGCUACAAUGAAAUGUGAAACAAUCGUCCUUGGAAACACCAGCUAGAGGUUUUAUGGACUCUCUGACCAGCUAUUCUCAUAUCAUGACAAAAUUCAGCAAACAGUGUUGAGUAAAAUUACUAGAAGGCAAUAAGACUUUGGUUAUUAUGCUUAUUGGUCAUUUCUCUUUUUCUUUUUCUCUCUUCUUUUUGUUGCAAGUUAAAUUCCCAAUUUCAGGAACAAUUUAUUGAAAUCAGGUAUUUAGCCAUUCAUAAUCACUUCAAUAGAAAUGUUUGUUGGAUAAGCAUCUAGCAAUAUGACUGAAUUUAACAUUGAGAAAAUAAUCUGCAUGUAUGUUACUGAAUAUUUGAGUUGGCAAAAAUCCCUUUCUUAGAUACAUUGUAAAAAGCAUGCUUUCACAAUUAUUGCUGUUACUGUUCCAUUUCUGUGUCAUAUGCUUGCUACUUGUAACUUUUUAUAUAAAGAUACAUAAAACAAUGUAUAAUAAUUUCUUA